GCUCAGCAACUUUGCCGUGAGGCUAUCAUCUGGCAAUAUUUGGCACAUCAGAAUAUUUUACCGUUCCUGGGUGUGGAAUGCGACUUGUAUCCGAACCAGUGGUGCUUAGUAUCUCUCUGGAUGGACAACAAGGACAUUGUCAGGUAUCUGCGGGGACGUCAGCCGCCAGCGGACAUCCAUGUUCUUUAUGAAGUCGCUCAGGGUUUAGCUUACCUACACUGGGAAAAUCUCGUACACGGAGACUUGAAAGGGAUGAAUAUCCUGAUCGACGAACAUCACCACGUCCGUCUCGCGGACUUCGGCCUUUCCACUUUCGCUGAAACCACGCGCGGUGCUAACGCAACCACCUCGAGUGGUCCCCGCGGAAGUAUGCCGUUUAUGGCGCCGGAACUCCACAACCCCACUAAAUUUGGCUUUGACCACUUUCAACGUACUCGGAGCACGGACAUCUACGCAUUUGGAUGCGUUUGCUACGAGAUCUACACAGGCUAUUCUCCCUGGUACAAGGAGCUUGGCAACAACGAAGGCGCCAUCAUCAACGCUGUCAUGAACGGCAUGCAGCCGUCCAGGCCCUCUCCAGAUGAAUGCUCGGGCAAGCGGAUUGACGAUGAGUUGUGGAAGUUGAUGCAGCGCUGCUGGGCUCCCUACUAUGACAGACCGGACAUAAGGACUAUCGCUCACAUCUUUGCCAGAAAGCAGCAGCCGAUGGUGCGUAGUUUACUCCUGUAA